AUGAAGCUGUUGUCCAUGCCUCUCGUAGCACUGAUCAUACUGCUGCAAGCCGAAACUUUUGCCUCGUCUCUUUUCAAGCACGACACGAGUCCUUUGUUUACAAAAUCAUUCCAAGUUCAUUCACUGACUACAGAGAGUUAUGACAAUAUGUUGAAGGAUUCUACUACUGUCUGGCUCGUGGACUAUUACGCUCCAUGGUGUCCUCACUGCCGCGAAUUUGCACCUAAAUGGGAGCAAAUUGCUAAUUUCUAUGCAAACUCAGACAAAGUAAACGUUGGAGCUGUAGAUUGCACCAAAUAUAAAGAAAUUUGUAAUCAAGAGAAUGUCUAUGGAUAUCCUGGAGUGAAGCUUCAUCACGUGCCUGCUGAUGCAGAGAAAGCACAUACUAUGGCAAGUGGCAUCAGAGGCACGAAACCAGUGAUUCAAUGGGUAGAGAAACUCAUGGAAGAACAUGGUGUGAAAUCGGGGGUGGAUAUGGAGGACUUGGCAGCUCAAUUGACAAAUUUUCGAAAGGACGACGUCGUGGGAAUUGAUGGAGAAGAAGGGAUGGUGAUUCAUAGUGACCAGUCGUUGGAUGUAAAGUACAAACGUCUACAUGAUGCAGGCAUUGCAACGUUCUCUACGUUCCAGAGUGGAUUCUUUACGGGGACUAAUGUGCUGGAAGGAGAGAGAUACAAAGUGGCGUUAUUGUGGAUGGAGACACUCGCGAUAUCGUUUCCGAUCGAAACAAAUCGGCAAGUUUUGACCAAGUUAGCAGAAGUGAUGAAGACGAGUAGUCACUGGAAUUAUGCAGAUUGGAAAGUGGCACUGAAUGGGUGGAAGGAACUUACGAGCAACACGACUUUUCCGGUGAACUUGUUUGCGUCGAGUGAGGAGAAACCGUGGAAGUUUUGCAAGACAUACACUUGUGGUAUGUGGACAUUAUUUCACAGUAUUACAGUGAAUGAAGUGAAGGUGUCCAAGGAGUCUUCAUCUGAACCUUGGAAACCGAGCAAGAUCGCGGCGGCAAUCUGGCUUUACGUGAAAAACUUUUUCGGUUGCGAGGAGUGUCGGGAACAUUUUUUGCAGUCCAACCCGAAGAGUGUCAUUGACGAGCUUGCCUUGAAUGAUGCAAAUGGGUCUCAUGCAGUGAUUAUGUGGCUAUGGAAGAUGCACAACACGGUGAACAAGGUCGUUGAGAACGUGCAGUGGCCGUCGAAGAGAGCAUGUCCAGUCUGCUAUGUGGACAACGGCGAGCCUUUAUCGUUGGACCCGGUACGACUUCACGAGAACGAGAUUGUGUCGUACGUCAUAAGCGCAUACGGCUACGAUGAGGAGGAGAUUUAUGCUAUGGACGUCGUACACAAUGGUAAAACGGUCACUGUCCAGUGGUCAUGGAUGCAAAGGUUUACUGCAAUGAUAAUGGUACUGGGACUGACCGCGCUGCUUGGUAUGGCGUACAAGACGAAGAAAUACCGCACCUUUGAUCACAAGACGUUUUUGAUGCGAGAUCAUAUCGCAUAG